AUGUCACCUCGCCAAAUCAUUAGAGUCUGCUACAGCGAAGUGGUAUUUCGUGAUUCGCUUUUUGGUUUCGGUUUCCACAAGGCACAUGUCUUGGUCUUGAGCGGACCGAGCGGGCAAAGGAUUUUGAUCAUAUUUGAUAAUGCUCGUAUGAAGGAGCCGCAAGAACGCGAACAGAACGUUCCCGUGACGCCAGAAUAUAACUGGGACUUGUCAGAACGGCAAGCCAACUUGAAUCACGGCUAUCCCCCACAUUACAAGUAG